AACAUCAACAGUCUUUAGGCAUUGGAGCAAAGUAUCUAAUCCGGAGCAGUUGUCGCGAUGAAAUUAACCAUUGUACUUUUGGCACUCGUCGGCCUAGUGGCCGCCGCUAGCGUUUCCACUCCCAGCAGGGUGACAGUAGCAGAUCAUGCUUUCUUAGAGAGGCAGAAGUUUCUCUUCGAAAUCGUGUAUCGCGUGGAGGAUCCUUUGAUGUUCGAGGAAUACAUCAAGCUUGGUCAAUCGUUGAUCCAUGACAAGGCACACUAUACCUACUAUGAUGAGCAUAUGGAACAAUUCUACGAAGCUUACAAAUAUGGUGUACUCUUGCCCAGAGGUGAAUUCUUCGGUGCGCUCGUUAAGACUCACUACAGACAAGCUUAUGGUCUCUUCAACUUCUUCUACUACGCCAAGGAUUGGGAAACCUUCCAACAAAACGUUGCUUGGGCUCGCAUCCAUGUCAACGAAGGCAUGUUCGUCUAUGCACUGACUUUGGCUGUCAUUCAUCGUGAUGACUUCAAGGGUCUGAUGCUGCCAACCAUUUACGAAAUCUUCCCACAAUAUUUCCUCAACAGCAAAUUGAUUUACGCCGCCGAGAAGUUCGACUACAACACAUGGAGCAAAUAUAUGCAAUACGAGAAAGAACUCCAGAAUGUAUACCACAAAAAUAGCAGGUACUACGGCAACGAUUACUUCUACAUGAAGGACUUCAAGACCUACCAAUGGUGGAGACUGAUGGGUCUGGAUGAGCAAUGGUAUGCCGCUGAGAAGAGCUUCCCACUGCGUGAAAACUCGUAUGAAUUUGUCUCUGACGAUAAAUACGUGUCCUUCAUGAAGGAUAUCAACAUGUUCUGGCACCCAGUUGACUAUACUCGUGAUAUUGAAGACUUCAACGAACACUCUGUGUUGUCGUACUUCACUGAAGAUUUGGGCUGGAACGCAUACUGGUACUAUUUGAACAUGGAUUACGCUUUCUUCUUGGACGGCAAAACUUUUGGUUUGAACCAGGAUCGUCGUGGUGAAUGGUGGUUGUACAAUGUCGAUCAAAUCUUGGCUCGUUACUACAUGGAACGUUUGUCGAAUGGAUUUGGUGAAAUUCCAGAAUUCUCUUGGUACCACGCUUACGAAUAUGGCUAUGAUCCCGAGUUGGUUAGCUACAACGGUGUUGGUUACAGCUAUCGCAAGAACUACUACGAAAUUCAAUCUCACGGCAACUUUGACAUGUUGAACCAAAUUAAGAGCAGCUUCAAGCGCAUCUACGAUGCUGUAGACACUGGUUACUACACCACCUACGGUGGACAAAAGAUCGACUUGCGUCAACCCGAAUCCAUUGAAUACGUCGGCAACUACAUGCAAAACAAUAUCGAUGCCUUCGAUAAGACUUUCUUCAGCUACUGGAACAUGCUGAGCCACAUGUACUUGGCUGAUGUCGAUUACAAUGAUGCUGAAGUGUUCCCAAAUAUUUACUUAAACUUCGAAACUAUGCUGCGUGACCCUAUGAUGUACAGCUACUACAAGAAGAUCGCCGAUGUCUUCUACCGUGUCAAAUAUCAUUUGGAACCCUACACUCAUGAGCAACUUUACGCUGAUGGUAUUCAAGUUAUGGGUGCUAAAAUCGAUAAAUUGGUCACCUACUUCGAUAUGGUAGAUAUUGAUGUGAGCAACUUGAUGAAUGACAAAAUGGUGUUCGAUGAUGGUAAAUUCAUUUGGAACAAUGCAUUGUACGCACGUCAAAUGCGUCUUAACCACAAACCAUUCAACUAUGAAGUCAUUGUGAACGCUGAGAAACCACAAAAGGUUGUCAUGCGUACAUUUAUCGGUCCCAAAUUCGAUGAAUACGGACGGAUCAUCUCGCUGAAUAAUAACCGCAAGAACUUCAUUGAAUUGGAUGAAUACGUGAUGGAGUUGACUGCUGGUGAGAAUGUAAUCAAACGUUCAUCCAAUGACUUCUACUGGACUGUUAAGGAUCGUACCACCUACACCGAAUUGUACCACUAUGUGAUGGCUGCCUUCGAUGGCAAAUACGAGCUGCCUUUGGACAUUAGCGAACCACAUUGUGGAUUCCCCGAUCGUCUACUCUUGCCACGUGGUUGGGAGAGUGGUUAUCCAAUGCAAUUCGUCUUCUACAUUGCACCAUACACAGGCUCAGUCGAUCAAUACUCCAACUACGAUUCGACCUACUACUGCGGCAUCGGUUCCGGCACCCGUCACAUCGACAGCAUGCCAUUCGGUUAUCCAUUCGAUCGUCCAAUUGAUGAAUACGAAUUCUUUGUGCCCAACAUGUACUUCAAGGAUGUCAGCAUCUACCACGUAGAUACACUCCAACAAUACUACCAGGAUUACAAGAAAGUCGGCCAAUUCGACUACGCUUUCUACAAUGAUUACUACACCAAGUACUUCCAUUAAAUCGAGCUGGCUGUGGCAUAAGAAAAUUGGUUAUAUUUAAGUGAAAUAUGUAAAUCUUGUCAGUGAAAUAAGUUUCCUAUUCAUACUUAAUAUGUGGUCAAUAAUGGAUGUUUUGUUA